AUGGACGCUGCUAAAACUACGACACCGCUCUUCUCGGCAUUGGCGGUCUCCUUGAAACCGUUGCAAGAUGUCUUGAGGUGCAUCCACUUCAAGCCCACGGCAUUGUGUCAGAUCAAUCACGAAGGAAUCAAGAUCUCCGUUGAAGAUGCCAAAUCGCUACAGGCGCACGCCUUUCUCGACACAAAGUUGUUCAGCACGUUCAAUCUUGAUUUGGCAGAGACAGGCGAUGAAAUGCUUUUGUUUGGGAUAUCUCUGGCAGCAUUGAUGGAGAUGCUGAAUAUCUAUACCCCGAGCAGUGGCAGUUUCUCGCAGAUGAAGGAUGGACAAUAUGUGCGAACAAGUGCUUAUCAAGCCAACGGCCCAGGAGGGCCCCUGCGCCUUGGCAACACGAUUCGUGUGACCUAUGCGGAACUCGGAGGCACCCUGGACCUCGUUUUGGAGGAGCAUGGUGUGCAAACCCAAUGUCGUUUGACUACCUACGAGCCUGACGAGAUCGCCGAAAUCUCGUUGGAAGCUGAUCCGGUACCCGAUCGAAUCAUCAUGCGCAGCGCGUGGUUGUAUGAGGCACUGACAGAGUUGGAGCUCCACCAAGGCGACCUUCUCACCAUCCGCCAGUCACCUCGACAACCAUUCCUGAGGCUAGCAGUUAAAGGCAUUCUUGGUGAGGCGCAACUCGAUUAUCCAAAUGACAAGCAAGUGCUAGAAACGUUUUCUUGUGCAGACGACGUCAAACAUGUAUAUCGCUUCGGCAUGAUCAAAACGUGUCUCAAGGCCAUGAACCUAUCAACACGUGUCAGCAUCCGUACUGACGAUGUCGGUACAAUGGCAAUCCAAUUCAUGAUUGAUGUUGGUGACAAUCGCAACGCCUUUGUAGAAUUUCGAAUGGUGGCGCUGGAUGAGAAUGGAGUUGAAAGUGCUUCCGAAGAUGGGGACAGAGAUGAUGCAGAGAAUCGCGAAUUGGACGAGACUCUCGUGUUCUGA